GGCACUAGAUACCGCGGACAUUUUGUCAUGUCCUUAAGUGAUGAUGAUGCUCAAGAAGAACAGGUCCCAGAGGGCUUUGAGGAAGAAGAUUUCGAAAAAACAGAAGGUCUGAAUGAGAAGGAAGUCUCUAAACGCUCCCUGACCAAAGAAAUUAUUUCUGAAUGCAUAUCAAUGCCUUAUAGGCUUAGGUACGGUUUCUCGCACGCCUAUGUGAAACUCGACUGCUCAGACAAGUACUUACUAGAUGUGGAACUUUUGCGUGGUUUUAUUCAUCUACGAUUUAUCAUUUUGAGUAAUAAUUUCAUCGUGGACAUAUCACCACUUUCUGAAAUCCCAAAUCUUAUGUAUUUAAAAGCUGAUAAUAAUCAAAUCGCUUCAGUUGAUUCACUGAAAUCAUUACGUUAUCUUCAAUACUUGGAUCUUUCAAGUAAUAAACUCACUACUAUUAAUAAUCUAACAUUUCCGUAUUUACAACAUCUCAAGGUGAAUGACAAUGCAAUCGCUUCUUUGAAAUCGGAGAAUGAUAUAAAUCUUAGCUCAGAACAAUUUCCCACUUUACACACGCUUGAACUGCGCGGGAAUCGUUUAGUUACCUUAAAUGGGAUUGACGAAAUGAACAAGUUACAGACAUUAUACUGCGGAGAAAAUAUGUUAAGUAGGCUGGAGGGUAUUUCCGGACUAACUUCAUUGGUUCGAUUGCAUUUACGUGAUAAUCGUCUAUCGAAGUUAACUGGUUUCACUGAAGCUUUAACGUCAUUGGAAUAUAUAAACUUAAGAGGCAAUCAGAUUUCAAAAUUUUCUGAAGUUAAACAAUUAAGCUGCUUACCUUCACUGAAAUUUCUUUCACUGAUUGAUAAUCCAGUUACUGAGAAAGAUAAAUAUCGUCAAAUGGUAAUUGGACUGGUGAAUACAUUACAGCGACUAGAUAAGCAGGGUGUCCCAGAUUCACUUCGUAUUGUGGCUGUAGACUAUGUGAAAGAACAUGCUGAUAUUCUCGAACAGGAAGCUAAUGAACCUGAAAAGCCUGAAGAACAAACCCCUGAACGUAUUGAAGAAAGCAUAAGUGAAGGAAAGGAGGAAGAUGUGGAAGACGAGGAAGCAGAAGAGGAUGAGGGUAGAAAAGAUGAAGCAGAAGAACAAGAAGAGGAUGAAGCUGAAGAUGAGGUUGUUGCAUUUGUUCAAAAUCCCUACCGUUGUCACAAUCUCUAGUGUCACAAAGGUUCACCACCGUUUUGUUUGAUAAAUAAGUCAAGAAUUCAACCAAUAAUCCAACGAUACGCUACAUCACUUCAUAUUGAAUCCCUUUUCAAACAAAAUUGUCGUUUAGGUUAUACAUUUCAUGGUUUUCAAGUUGGUCACCGGAACGGAUUCCUAGAGAAGGAAAAUUCCGAAGAUUGAAUUCAUUAUACCUGAUAAGUGUGUGUGUGUGUGUCACAGUUUGGGGUGUGAAAGUCUGAGACACUAUGUGACCGUAAAAAUACUGUUAAUAGUAUAAACAGCAUGCUGUUUACCCACUGGCAUUUUUAGACUUCAUCAGUGUUUCGACUGGUGAUUAUUCAUCAUUACUAUCUUUAUUAAAGUAGUAUUCAAGCGUUUGUACGGCAUUCAGCAGCGGUUGGAAGUAACGUCCAGAGGAUGCCUUUCUUCUUCUGUGGAACACAGAAAUGUAAGACACUCAUGUUUUAUUGUCCGUUGAGAAGCAGUUUCAGCAAUAACAAUCGAAGACUUCAGCCAAUAGAAGCAUUUGAAGAACAGUACCACUCAUCGCACUACCAGUAUAUUCAAAUAAAAGGUUUUGAGUAAGAUGAAACAUAAAUCGGAGAUUCCCCACCCUAAAGUAUUUCUUUAUUAACACUUUGUUGCUGUUUGUAAGAACAUGUGUACUAAACUGAGUAUUGUGUUUUCGCUUAUGCAUAACUUCCAGUCAUCGCCAUUUUGUGUAUAUUCCUGUGUCUGCAUGAAUCACUUGAAUUAAA